AUGUUGACCGAGUUUGGAGGGUCUAUUGCAAGAUGCUCUUAUAUCAAGUACCACUACUCCUCGGCCACAAUACCCAAGAAUCUCUCUUACAACAUCACCAAGACCAUUCGUCAGGAUGAGUGGCACUCUCUGCAUCUGCGGAGGAUGACGGCAGGAUUUAUGGGAAUGGCGGUGGCCAUCAUCCUCUUCGGCUGGAUCAUUGGGAUGCUGGGAUGUUGCUGGGACCGUGGCCUCAUGCAGUAUGUGGCAGGUCUGCUCUUCCUCAUGGGCGGCACAUUUUGCAUCAUUUCCUUGUGCACCUGUGUAGCAGGCAUCAACUUCGAGCUAUCCCGUUACCCUCGCUACAUAUACGGCCUCCCAGACGACAUCAGUCACGGUUACGGCUGGUCAAUGUUCUGCGCCUGGGGCGGUUUGGGCCUGUCCCUCAUCGCCGGCUUCUUCUGCACGCUGGCGCCCUCAGUACAGCCGAUCCCUCGCUCCACGUGCCCCAAAUCCCGCCAAGAAAACGGCACCGUGUGUUAAGGGACAGCCUCUGAAAAUCCCCAAGCCUACGUGUGCAGCUGGACAAUGGGGGACAAAACACAUAAAAAAAAAAAAAAGACCAUAACUGAAGAUUAAAAUCAUGUUCAUUUAGAAUAAUUUCUAAUCUCACCAACCAGGCCAUUUUUUAACCACGUGUGUGAAUCUACAACUGAGUGUCCUGAUCAUUUAAAAGAAAACAGACAAAAAAUGAAAAAAAAAAAAAUUUAAAUAUCACAGAUAAUUGUAAAAAUAAUAUCAAUGGGACUUUCCGUCGUCAAGAUCCUACACAGGAAAACAGUCAUCCUUUCAAAGUUGUGACUUUGGUGAGCACAAGAAAAUGGUGACGAAUGAAGCAAAAAACAGACAGUAUUGCUCAUUCUGAUGCUGCAAGGAUGGAUAUUGACAUGUCUGUUGGACUGACGUCUAAAAACUGCCAAACCUGGAGACUAUGGUAUUUGUAUCUGGACAAGUAUGGAGGUCCAGUGCCAAUGUUUAAAGCCCAGGAGUUCGGACAAAUCAAGAGCACCGAGACCAUGAGGCUUUCACAACUUUGAUGCGAUUUGGAUCUGUUGUGGCUAAAUCCACCGAUUUGUCUCGGACCCUGGAGACUAUUGCAAUGCCUCUUGGGAUGCGGCUAAAGGAUCCUCUCGUGCAUAAACCAGGAAGAUUUCAGGAAUUGGAGAUGCCUGCUCGUGACGUUAUGUUGCUAUUGCUGUACAGCAAAUUGUAAAGAGAAACAUAAUACCUAUAAUAUUCCAGAAGAGAAAAACAAACAAAUCCUAACGGGGAGGAAAUUUUUUGAGCAUUUUCCAUGUUUCAUUUCUUAUUCAUGUCCAAAUGGUAUCAACGGACAUUUCUAACAUGCUUUCGAUUUUAUUAUGUGCUUCUUUCUUUGUUUUUUAGUAAUUACAGUCAUCAUGAGUGUGAAUGAGUGUGUAGGAAGUGUGCAAAUUCUUUAGCUACUAUCAAUAUAGUAUGUGUGUGAGAGUUUUGUGGUCUCCAUAUGGGAAAAAAAAAGGAAACAUAAAAAGAAUAAUGAUGCAUAAAAUCAAAAACCUGCCUUGGGGGAAAUCAGGUAGGCUUUUGUUGAACCAAGAAUUAGUGGAAAGGAAAGAUGCCAUAUCCUGUUUUAGACAGCGAACACUUAGUCCCUGUAGACACGACUGACGUAGACAGAAAGACAACUCAACAUCACACUGUUACUGCCUUAAGCUUGUCUGGAAGGAGGCAUUUAUGCCAUUUGAUGGGAACGCAUGCCGACUUCUCUUCUGAAAGCAUCUAUGGGCUGACAAAAGAAAUCCUCAUUUGAAUCCAACUUCCUGCCCUGUUUAACCAUGCGUCUCUUUACUUAAAGGGAACUCCCAAAACAGGAUGUGGUAUGUAAGUGCCUCGUGAUUACAUGAGACAGCAGCGGUGCACAAAAGAUGUACAUCUGUGGAAUCAUGACCUCGAAAUGGAGGACGGGUGGCAAGUACAAGCUUAAUACAAUCUCUAAGCCGACAUGCAAUUGGUUCCCUCAAGCUGUUUUCAUAAUUUCUCUUCUCACGCAUUCAUUUCGCAAUCUGAAACUUUUUAUUAUCCAUUUCACAUGCUAUAAAUGCAUUAAAAAAAAAAAAAUCACUCGAGCAGCCAUAAAACAGCGUGCUAUGAAGGGACACACGCCAAGGGUCACUGGCGAAUCAGCACACUCAUUCAUCCAUGCCAAAAACCUACACUAGGAGAUUUAGCUUUGCAGCAAGACCAUGUUUACAGAUUUCUAGAAGGGAGAUUUGCCAAAAAAAUAAAAAAAUAAAGGAAAAUACCUGCUAGGUUUCUUUCAUAGACAUUCUCGGUUCCACACAUUAGCAUGAUGGCCAGCGGCUCAACUAGUGGUUAGCCUGGUGUCCAAUCAAGUCUGUCAGGUUACUGCUGUACAAAGAAUGGGCGCUUACAUAUUUAAAGACUCUAUGAAAUAUUCAUGUUUAUUGACAUUGAAGCCGUAUACAGUAUAUACGCUAGUGUACUCCUAAACAUGGACAAAACCAACUUUUAGCAGAUUUAAGGGAUCAUUGAAAGAUUCGCAGAUCAGGGAAUUGUGAUUUCCAGCCGUGGAAAAGUCAUGAAAUAAAUCAAACAUCAUGAAAUGUCAAAAAAUUCUAUAGUGGAUGUAUAGUAAGGCUCUGCUCAAAAAAAUUGCAUUGCCUAUAAAUUUGCUAUUCAUGAAUGCAUUCCUUUUUAUUUUAUUUUUUUAAUCCUUAAGUCAUAAAGGACCAAAAAAAUUAAAAUUUGUCAAAAGUCAUGGGAAAACCCAUUUAAAAAGCUCUCCUCUCCUCGUAGAUGUUGAUUAAAGGGAUAACUCGCCCAAAAAUGAAAACUCUGAAAGAAAUGGGGUAAAAAAAAUGGAAAUCAAUGGCUACCAGCAAUUGUUUGGUAACCUACAUCCUUUCAAAAUGUCUUCUUUGUGUUCAACAAGAAAAACUCAUACAGGUUUGUUUUUUGGGUGAACUAUCCCUUUAACUGUUUCAGGGGCGUUUCAUUUUACUUGAAGCUAAAGAACCUAAAUCAUGAAUAUCACCUGCUUCCAAAUAUCCAUAGCAAGAAACAAAGCAUCAUUGGUUGCUCUGAUGCUCAUACUUUAGUUCUUUAACAACCAUUAAUUGGUUGCAGCUGAAGUUAAUUCAUUUUGAGAGUUUUCAUUGCAUUCAUUUAUAAAACAAGAUGCCAAGUGACGUUUUGCAGAGCCGUGACAAACUAAAGGCUGUCUCUAAAGGCCAUUUCAAAAUGAUCCAUCCCAACACUACUUCCAAAACCAUUUCAUGGGAUCUUUCACCAUAAACACAGCCAACAGUUC